UCAGUCUCGGCGCCGACGUCCUCCUCAGGCUGUUCGUCUGUGAAGCAGGGACGCUACGAGCUGGCGGUGUCUGCCCAACGGCUCCCCCAUCAACAGUUUUCAUCCACCUAACACCAGUCAUCUAUUCUCUCUCACAAAACUAUGAAGUCCCGUUAAGAUGAGCCCAACGGCAAUAGUAAGCUUGGUGUUCCUGGUGACCUUGGCGACGACGGAGGGCCUCGCGGGAAACGGAACCGUGCUGGCGGGCUUCCCGGCCCUGGGCCAUCGCUUCCGGAACUGCCACGAGGUGCAGCAGGCCAUCGCCGGCAGCGCCGACGGCGUGUACGUGAUCUUCCCUUACGACUGCUGCCCCGGGCGGCCCGUGCGCGUGUGGUGCGACAUGACGACCGACGGCGGCGGCUGGACGCUCAUCCAGCGGCGCGACGACUACGCUGAGCAGGAGGACUUCUUCCGGACGUGGACCGAGUACGUCCUCGGCUUCGGCAACGUCGCCAAGGACCACUGGCUCGGCCUCGACCACAUCCACGCACUCACGAGCCAGAGCCUGAGCCAGAUCCGCUUCGACCUGGCCGACUUCGAGGGCGACUCCCGCUGGGCCAAGUACGACUUCUUCUACGUGCACGACAAGGACAACUCCUACAAGCUCGAAGUGAACUCCUACAGUGGCGAUGCCACAGACUCCUUCACUACGCACAGCGGGAAUAGGUUUUCCACCAAGGAUCGCGACCAUGACCUGGCCGAUUCAAACUGCGCACAAGCGUACAAGGGCGCUUGGUGGUACAAGAACUGUCACGCGACGAAUCUCAACGGCUUCUACUACAGGGGACACCACGAGUCAUAUGCAGAUGGAAUUAACUGGUAUGACUGGCACGGACACCAUUACUCCUUGAAGACAGUGACCAUGAAGAUCAAACCAAAAUUCUAAAAGAUGGUCGACCUAAUAUUAUACCUCUUAAGAUUCUUAAAUAUCAUAGAAAUGUUCACGUUCGGGAGCACAAAAAAAAAAAGAAGAAAAGAUUAAAAAGAAAAGAAAAGAAAAAGAAAAAUCUGGAGAUGGUGAAAACUGAAGGAAAUUCUAUUUUUGUGUGUGUUUGUUUUAAAUGUUUCUUUUAAAUAUUUUUUUGCUAGCGUUUGUUCAAUAAAUAUAGAAGAGUUUAGUAGCAUUUUUAUUAGAAUUUUGAAGUUUCCAACUAACAGUUCUUGUCAAGAUCCUACAAAAUCAUACUAUAAAGUUGCUUAAAUUAUUUUA